AUGACGACGGACGACAUGAUCACCGCCACCGUCACCGAGCGCACGCCCGUGGGGAUGAAGCACUGGAAGUUUCACGACGUCCCGAGCACGAUGGGAAAGAGCGACGAGGAGGCGAUGGCGGCGUACGCCUCGCACGCUUUUCGCGCUUCGGCGACGACGGAGAGCGAGACCGAGGCGUUGACGUCGUGUUAUUCGCGCGAUGGUAUGUUAUUCGCGUGCGCAAACGCCGACAAGGUGGACGUGUACGACGCGAGCGUGGAGCCGCACGCGCUCAAAGGGACGAUGAUGUUGCGAGGCGCCACCGCGCUGAGCUUUUCGCCUGGACAGAAAUACUUAUCCAUCUACCAGAAGCAGACCGCAACGGGGGCGGCGAAGGACGAGAAGAAUCUAACGGUGUGGAACGUCAAAGAAAUGUGCUCAGGCACCGCACCCAGCAAGGUUUACGAGGUGUUCCAGAGGCAGUUCUUGAAAGCGGAGUGGCCUUACUUUCAGUUCAGUGAAGAUGACUCGACUGCGGUUAGAUGCGUCAGUAACGAGAUCCAAAUAAUUCGACCGGACGCUGGAUUCGAGAAACAUGUUCGUUUGCGCGUACCCUCAGUGGCGGUGGCAAAGAUCUCGCCCGGUCCUACGCCUCGAGUUGCCUGUUUCGUUCCCGAGGUGAAAGGAGCACCUGGAUCCGUGCGUAUUUACGAGCUCGCCCAGCACACGGAAGAGGGAGUUAUCGAGAAUCCCACCCCGGUGGCGCGCAAAUCAUUUUUUCGCGUCACCGAGGUCGAUCUCAUGUGGGCGCCGGAUGGAUCUGCCGUGUUGAUUUUAGGAUCGAGCGAGGUGGACGCCACGAACAAGUCAUAUUACGGCGAGAGCUGUUUGCACUACCUCAAAGCGGAUGGUUCGUUUGAGGGGGCGGUGCCGCUCUCUAAGGAAGGACCGGUGCACGACGCGCAAUGGUCGCCGUGUAGUGAUGAGUUCGGCGUGGUAUACGGAUACAUGCCGGCGAAGGCGACCAUUUACAAGGCUGCGAAGUGCGAGCCAAAGUAUGAACUCGGCGCCGGCCCACACAACACGCUUCGUUGGAACCCAUUUGGCCGCUUCAUCGCUCUCGCCGGUUUCGGCAACUUACCCGGUGACAUAAAAUUCUUUCAAAAGAUGAAAGACGGGAAGUACAAGCCGGUAGGCUCGACUCGCGCGGCAUGUUCGGUCACGCUCGAAUGGUCUCCAGACGGUCGACGACUGCUCACGAGCACGGUAGCUCCGCGUCUCAACGUUGACAAUGGCUGGAAGAUUUGGAGAUAUAACGGGGACUUAUUACUCCACGAGGAGCGCGCGAAGAUCUAUGAGGCGUUCUGGCGCCCGGUUCCCAAGGGAACUUUUCAAGAUCGCCCCAUUUCACCUGCGUCCAAGCGCGUUGAGACCGCCAGUCAGCAGGCGUCCACGGCGAAACCCGCCGGAGCGUACAAACCUCCGCACGCAGCGAAAACGGCGUAUAGGCCACCGCACGCGACAAGUGGAAGUGGUAACUUCAGUCUCGCCAAGGCAUCGGAGGAAGAGAUGAAAGCCGGAAAGUACAAACCGGCCGGCGCCGCGACCAAGUCAGUGGAAGACUCUGGACCCCCGGGCGCCGGAGGCCAACUCUCAGUAGCAGCUGCUAAAAAUGCUAAGAAGCGCGCGGCGAAGAAGCGCGCCGCCGCAGCGGCGAAGGAGAUCGAACAAAAGUUGUAA